ACAAUAAUCAUCAUCAAACGGGUCUCUUACUUCACUCCCACUUUCUCACCUUCGCUUUCGGUUCUAAGAUUCCCACACAAAUCCAACGACACACAUUCAUUUUUUCCCAUUUCGAUUCAAGCCAUGAGCAACGAAUAUGAUUAUUUGUUCAAGCUCUUGCUAAUCGGCGACUCUUCCGUCGGAAAAUCUUGCCUUCUUCUCAGAUUUGCGGAUGAUUCUUAUGUGGAUAGCUAUAUAAGUACAAUUGGAGUUGAUUUCAAAAUCAGAACUGUGGAACUGGAUGGAAAGACCAUUAAGCUCCAGAUUUGGGACACUGCUGGUCAGGAGAGAUUCAGGACUAUAACAAGUAGCUAUUACAGAGGUGCACAUGGAAUAAUUAUUGUUUAUGAUGUUACUGAAAUGGAGAGCUUUAACAACAUCAAGCAAUGGCUGAAUGAGAUUGAUAGAUAUGCUAAUGAUAGUGUAUGCAAGCUUUUAGUAGGAAAUAAGUGUGAUUUAGUUGAGAACAAGGUUGUUGACACGCAGACAGCGAAGGCAUUUGCAGAAGAGCUCGGAAUCCCUUUUCUAGAGACGAGUGCAAAAGACUCGAUCAACGUGGAGCAAGCUUUCUUAACUAUGGCUGCUGAAAUAAAGAAAAAAAUGGGGAGCCAGCCAACUUCGUCCAAGUCGUCAGGAAAUGUGCAAAUGAAGGGGCAGCCAAUUCAACAAAAGAGCAGCUGUUGCAGUUGAGCAUUUACUCUCACGCCUUAUUAUAUAAUGGUAUAAUCUAAGUUAACAAGUUUCUUAAGAAGAUGAAAUUGUGUUUACUUUGUGUUGGCUCAAGGAUCUCUAUGUAAUUGUGAAUUAUUCCCCGUUUGAAUCCUUGUGUGUAUAAAUGCUUUGUGACAGUUACCUUUGGAUACUCUCUCUCCCUCUCCUAAUCACCACUAUAUGCUAAAGUUUGGAGAGAAUUAUAUCAGUGUAGUUUGGAGUAAAGAAAACUAUUC